GGUCGGGGUUGCCGAGUGUUUGCGGCGCUUGGGGGCUCGCCAUCGAGGUUAUCAAAAUUCGAAGAUCUGAAGAGGUUGAAGAUCUUCUGGGUUGUCUUCAACAUGGGUGAAAGACCUCAGGGUGAAAGUUGUGCAAAUCAUUUGUAUGCAUUGUUGGGAAGAGAGAAAAAGCAACCAAAGUAUACAGACACAAUGGGUUCCGGAAUGUUUGUAGCGACCGUGGAAGCUGACGGCUACGAACAUGUGGGCAGAGGGCGCGGCAGCCGAAAGAAGGACGCGAGAGAAUCGGCCGCUCAAGACUUUCUAAGUAAAAUUCGGGAGCGCUCCGACAGCAAGAACCUCGCAGUUGCAUCGUCUACGGAUGCCUGUCGCAACAGGAGAGCUGAAAUUGCUUGCGCCGAGAGGGCCAUCCAUGAUCUGGUCCAGAUGAGGCUUAUCGACCGGCCAACCUUCCUGUCAGCUGCGGGGUCAGACGGGCGGCCCAGCGGCGUGGUGCAGGCGGACACGUCUGCGCCAGACCCUGCCGUCGGCCGUGCCCCCGCCUUAACGGAAUAUCCAUCACGAAGAGCUCAUCAGACGCCUGCAAUGGUCACCAGAAGCUAUUCCGAGGACACCGUUCGUGAACAGCGAGUCUCUGAACCAUUAUCUCGGGUCCUUUCUGAGAUAUCCGACGCCCCGGGCGCAGCAGGAACUGGUCAACCUGCUGACUUACGGGCACUAGGUGGUACUUUGCCUGGGCUACUGACUGGGUUAAAGAACUUGAUCUCUCCGCCGAUAAAUGUAAAUGUAUCGGUUAUCGGAAUACCACCAUCGGCACCUCCAGCGCCACCGCCAGGUUCCGCGCCAACGACGAGGGACUCAGAGCCCAUCCCCGCAGACCUGAUGAGUCUCUUCAGGUGCGAGGAUGUUGUUUCAGAUCAAGAUAUACUGAAAGCAGCUCGGCACAUCGGAAACAACCGCGAGACCGUCGCCUUAGGACUGGGUCUCAGUCAGGUCGCUUACGAAAAUUGCAGUUAUAGAGAGAAUGAUCCGCUUUCGAUCAACAGAAAGUUCCUGCACGAAUGGCGACAAAAGAAAUCGCGUGCAGCAACCAUGGGCGACCUUUGCAAGGUUUUGUGGAAGUGCCAGGCCUACGAUGCGGUCCGUGCUUUAAAACGGAUGUGAUACAAGGCUGUCACUGAGAAUGUGCCGUUUGACGACCCGGUGUUUGUAACUCCGACAGUCCGAGGUCGCUGUUGUCGCACAUCUGCGUGAGAGGAAUAUGCGUGCGUGUGGGCGCAC